ACCUCGCUCCUAUUUCCUAGAGACUGCGCAGAAAGCUGUCCGGGAAGAAGAAAAAAAAAAGUGCAUGUGCAAGCAGAACUGAGAAAGUUCAUAGAGCCGAGGUGCAGGAUGUCCCGUUAAGGAGAAAAGAAAACCCUGCAAAGGAGCAGAAGCAGCACAAGCUGACGGGGUGAAAGCAGUGCAACCCAGAGCGAACGAAAUUUACCACACCUAUAUUUUUUAAACUGGGAAAAUGGGCUUUCCGACGAUAUUUAGUUGUCGCCGGAUUGUUCUCAAAGUGUUUUUGGUUCAGUUCAUCGCCUUUCAAGCAACAUAUGCUGCUCCUUCGCCUAUAAUUAGGUUUCCUGGAGACGAUACUACUCCCAAAACAGACAAAGAGGUUGCUCUGCACUAUCUGAAUAAGUUUUAUGGAUGCCCACAAGACAGAUGUAACCUUAUGGUGCUCAAGGACACCCUGAAGAAAAUGCAAAAGUUCUUCUCUCUGCAAGAAACUGGAGAGAUUGAUGCCAAAACUGUGGAUAUCAUGAAAAAGCCCCGCUGUGGCGUUCCAGAUGUGGCCAACUACAAUUUCUUCCACAGGAAACCCAUGUGGCAGAAGAAAGACAUCACUUACAGAAUCCUUGGAUACAGUCCCGACCUGGAUGAGGAAGUCAUUAAUGACGCUUUCUUCAGAGCCUUCAAAGUAUGGAGUGACGUCACCCCACUCACGUUCACCCGCCUCAUGGACGGAGAGGCUGACAUCAUGAUUAAUUUUGGCCGCAAUGAGCACGGAGAUGGUUACCCCUUCGACGGCAAAGAUGGCCUCUUGGCUCAUGCCUUCGCUCCAGGGCCGGGAAUUGGGGGAGACUCCCACUUUGAUGAUGAUGAGCAGUGGACACUGGGAGAUGGUCAAGUGGUAAAGGUGAAGUAUGGCAAUGCUGAUGGGGAGUUCUGUAAAUUCCCCUUCCUGUUCAUGGGCACUGAGUACAACAGCUGUACACCUCAGGGCCGUGAUGACGGCUUCCUGUGGUGCUCAACCACGUACAAUUUCGAUGAAGACGGCAAAUAUGGAUUUUGCCCCCAUGAAUUACUAUUCACCAUCGCUGGAAACGCAGAGGGUGCUGCAUGUAAAUUCCCCUUCACCUUUCUGGGAGAGAAGUAUGACGCAUGCACCACUGAAGGCAGGGAUGAUGGGUACCGCUGGUGUGCCACCACUGAGAACUAUGACCAGGACAAAACCUUCGGGUUCUGCCCUGAAACUGCCAUGUCAACGGUGGGAGGAAACGCAGAGGGAAGCCCUUGUGUCUUCCCCUUCACCUUCUUGGGUGACACCUACGAGUCCUGUACCUCAUCUGGACGCAGCGAUGGUAAAAUGUGGUGCGCUUCCACCAAGAGUUAUGAUGACGACCGCAAAUGGGGAUUCUGUCCAGACCAAGGCUACAGUUUGUUUCUGGUGGCAGCCCAUGAGUUUGGUCAUGCCCUUGGCUUGGAGCACUCUCAGGACCCCGGAGCAUUGAUGGCCCCCAUUUACACUUACACCAAAGACUUCAGACUUCCUGAUGAUGACAUCAGAGGCAUCCAGGAGCUCUACGGUGUGCCAACAGACAAGCCGUUGCCUCCAACCCAGGGUCCAGUCACUCCAAUGGACAUCUGUAAAGAGACAGUUGUCUUUGAUGCUGUAGCACAGAUUAGAGGAGAGACCUUCUUCUUCAAGGACAGGUUCCUGUUCAGGUCAGUCAACUUCAGAAGCAAGCCCAAUGGCCCUAUGCUGGUGGCCACCUACUGGCCAGACCUGCCUGCCAAGAUAGAUGCUGCCUAUGAAAACCCAGUGGAGGAAAAAACAGUGUUCUUCUCAGGCAACGAGAUGUGGGUCUACAAAGCCGAUGAGCUGGAGAGAGGCUAUCCCAAGAGGAUUUCAAGUCUUGAACUCCCCACCGACCUGCAGCAAAUCGACGCUGUCUUCAACUUUAGGAAGAACAGGAAGACUUACCUGUUUGCUGGGGACAAAUUCUGGAGAUACGAUGAAGAUAAGAAGAAAAUGGACCCCGGCUUCCCCAAACUUAUUGCUGAUUCCUGGAAUGGAAUCCCAGAUGGCAUAGACUCUGCCUUCACUCUUAAUGGCAUUGAUUACAGCUACUUCUUCAAGGGCAACCACUAUUUCAAACUGGAAGACAGCAGCUUGAAGAUUGUCAAAUUGGGUGAAAUUACAAGGGACUGGCUCGGUUGUUGAGCAUUUCCAAAACGUCUCGCAACUGGCUAAUUCCUGUAAUGACCUCUGGCCUCAUGAGGACAUUGCGAUAGUAUCAAGCACAACUUGAGGCCGCCGCAGUGCACACUGUUGUAAGUUUUUAUCCCAGCAACUCUGCACGCUUCUGUGGGAGACACGUCCCUUCCAGCCUGUAUAACCAGCCUCCAGCUUUGUAGACAGCCACCUCGGGACCUUCUACACAGGCUAAACAUAGGCAACUGGAUAUUUGCUCUCUGUGUGAUGUUGACAUUUUAUUUUUUAUGCUGAUGUACCCCCAAUUUUAUUGUUUUAUAGUUUUUUUUGUUAUUUUAAAAAAAAACUCAGACAUCGGGUAUGUCAACACUGCAUUGAACGCAGUGCUAUACUGUGCUGUGAGAUAUUGCCGUUUUAUGCAAAUUUAAUUCUUAAAUUUAAUAAUCAAGUGCAUUUUUAUAAAUGUAUCAACUUUUAAUUAAUGUUGUCAUUAUUGUGCAAUACAUUUGACAAAUAAAUUUGCACAAUGUGUUUGACCGAAAAAUGGUGCUUUAGAGAUUGCUUUUCGCCUAUAGUCCUAUAUGUGUGUAUAUAUAAAUAUAUAUACAGUAUAUACAUUUUAUCUUCUGUGUAACUAUGUCUGACUACUUAUCCUCUGGAUGUUAGAAAGUAGUAUUCACAGGCACACAUUAUUCUUCAUUUUCGUCAGCACUUUGUAUAGGACUAUAUAAGGGAACUGCUCAGUGUGGAGACCAAAUUAUUGUCAUGGGAACUCCAUGUUGCAUUUCCCUUCACUAAUGGUACAGGAAGAUUAAAGGCACAGGUUGCCUCUAGAGGCUGUAUUGCUUUGCUGCAUGAUGGAAUCAUGACAAGAGUACCGCAGUACUAUUGUUUAAUAAUCUUUUUUAUAUUCUCUUUUCUCUCUUGUGUUUUAUCAAUACAGUUAUUGUGUUUUGUGUUGUUUUAAUGCUUGUGCACUUUGUUACUGUCAUCAAUAAAGAUGGUCAAUAUAAUGUG